UUUGCGCCGCUGAUGUUCCCGCCUAUAAAGAGCUCAGAAAUGCCAGUAGCUUGGAGGCAGUGAAACGCACACAACGUCUCAAAAAUAUUUUCAAGAAAUUCAAGAGAUGUCCUCUCUGGGUGGAGUCGGAGAUGGAGACAUGCUCAUCAAGAAUAGAUUUCUAGGGUUUCUAAUUUGGCAAUCGGUUCAGUCAACAGCGAUUUUCCUUCUAUGUAAAUCCUUGCUUCUCUCACACUUCACUCAAAACCCUCUCUCUCCCUCUUUCUCAGGCUUCCUCGCUUUCCUCUUAUUUAACCUCUCUCUCCUCCUCUUCUCCGCCUCCGUCUUCGCCGUCGCUUCUCCGCAACCCCACUGCUCCGCUUCCCCGUCGGAACUCGCCCUCGGACUCGUCCGAUUCAUCUUCGUCUCCGGUGGUCAAUCCCCGUCGUCCGAUUUUCGUCGGCGGGCGACGGUUUCUUUGGGUUUUCUUCUGUUCUUGACUUCGUCUGCGUGGUCGGGUUUUUUGUCGGUGGUUUGUGUUUGCUGGAACUGCGACGCUUUUGCUGGACUACCGACGCGGUACCUCUUGGGGACACUAGGGUUUAGGGGUUUGGUCGUUGGGUUCUUUUACGGGUUGCAUUAUAUCUUCAAGAGGCGAUGGGUUUUGGAGUUCCCCAUUAUUCAGCGUCCUCCUUUCUUCAGCUUCAAGAUGGGGAUCCCUUCAGCUAUUGGAAAAGCGUUAAAGCUUUCAACUGUGGGUUACCUUUUCUCAGCUGUGCUGACAGUUUUUCUGCCUAAUGAGUCUACCGGUCAAGUUACAAUGGGAAAAUUCUUGGCUGAGCAGAUCAUCUUUUUUGUUGGAAGUUUCAUAGUUUUUCUCUGUUGGGAAUUAAGCCAUCAUUUACAUCAGGUGCUAAAUACAAAAAGGUUCAUAUUUGCACCCCCAAAGGGAUCAGCCGCAGCAGAAACAAAUCCAAGUGAACCUCUCCUUGCAGCACUGGAGGGUAGCCCGCCCAGAUCUCUUCUGCAGUAUCUUGCUUAUCUUGAUCUCUGCAUGGUUUGUGAACGUAAUGUUGAUACUUGGCGUAGAGCUGCCUUCUUUGAGGAAACCGGAGAUACUUACAAAAGAGUUAUAGCUGUAUGCUUGAAGCCCCUAGAACAACUAGCAUUGAAGUUGGGUGAAGGUUUGGAUGGUUCUUCAGUUGAGAAAUCCUUACAAUUAUCUCAUCAGUUACAGUCACCAACGAAUUCACAACUAUACUCAAGAUUCUAUGAACCAUUUAAUGACUUGCAGCUAUGUGCAUGGUGUGCCCGGGCGAGCUCUUCACUUACAGCUCACUCACACAAGGAGGACCGAUUUGGGGUUGCUCAACUCUCUGGUAGCAAUGCGGCUGUUAUCUCAACGCUAUUGUCCUGCUUGCUUGCUGUUGAAACAUUUAUGGGGAAGAAGAUCAACUUGCAAUCCCCAAAUCUUGUGACGGGUCCGACUUUUAUGAAAUUUGCAACAGUGAGCACAGGAAGGAGUGAUGUGGGUUUUGGUGGCACUGGAAAAAGGAUACGAAACCCUCAGUACUCGAAAGCAUAUUGUAUGGCUGACAUUCUGAGGACUUCUAUUUACUGCAUCUUGUCUACUUUCCAUGAUGAGAUGCUCAGUGCUGCUAAAGCAGGACUUCUUGAGAAGGACUGGAUCAUGAGUAGUAAGCCUCCUUAUGGUACCCACGGGAUCCUUCUGCAGAAAUUGAAGCUUUUCUUAUAUUUCAACGCUAGCUAGUGGUGUGCGUAGCAGUGUUCUCCUUAACUACUUAUCUCAGGUAUGAGACCAAAAUCUGGAAUUUGGCAAUUGAGAGAAGUUGAUACUUCCCGCAAUUCACAUUUUUGUUGGGAAACAAAAUCAGAGGAAGAGAACCUGUAAUAUCAUGUCACCUGUUGUUUUGUAGCAUCAAGUUGAAUUGCAUUUGUAUUUAUGAAAGCUAAAAGGAAAAAGUUUUACUGCAAGGUGAUAUUGUAUUUCUUUUGGUGGCAAUUACUGUUAGCUGGAUUACUCGGAACAAAAGCCGAACAAAAAGUUGCAUGAUUAUGUUUAAAGAA